GAAAAUUGAAGAUCAUAUUCAGUUUCGUGCUGAUCAUCAUCGAUCGAACAACGUUUUCUUCGCGUUACACUUACGAAGAUGCGACGGUCAAGUUAUUUUAUACAAAUUUUCGCCUUUUGCAUAUUUUUAUUAAAUAUCAGAAUAAAUCUAGCUCAACGAGCUUAUGGCGGUACUGGUGUAGGACCUAUGGGUCCACCAAUGGAUGCGAUCCAAAAACUAUUCGAAGCUAUUGAAAAAUUGAACAAAAAAAUGGACGCUUUGAAUGAACGAAUGAAUACAAUGCAAACAACUUUAGAACUUAAAACCACACCUGACGAAAGUAAAUGUCUCAUCCGAGACGUGGUAGAUGCAAUUAAUAAUCAACGCUUUGAAAUUGCUGAAGAAAAACUUAUCGAGUUGGGUGAUGAUAAGAAAAUUUCCACCAUCGUUCAUGAUGUUUAUGCCGGAUCGGUAGUGAAUGUCGAUAGAAUUGUUAACUUUGCAAAAGCUUUAAAGAACGGCGAGUCACAGUUUCAAGUGUUUGCAACUGUUUUAGAAGAAAUGGUUAAGGGUGGUAAUGCGGAACCAAUUAAAUUGAUAAAACUGGUUGAAACUUUCGAACGAGAAGUUGCUCGACAGAAUGAUGAGUCGAUAAAAGCUAAAGCCAAGACUGUCAUCGAUAAGGCUGUUGAAGAUAUUAAAGCAGCUUCCGUAACAGUCUUCCAAACGGCUAUGAUUGCAAAUAAGUAUCAAAUGAAUGUAGAGAUUGAUAAUCUUGCCGAUGCGCUGUUUAAUUUCAAAACAGAAGUUUCGAACGAAGUAAUGGAUCGUGUAGUUGAUAGUGUGUUUGGAGUGGUCGCUGCUGGAAAGAUUCUUGAUAACAUAAGUAGCCACAAGAAUAUUUAUCAAGUUAUUGAAGGUUUGACAGCGAUCUUCAAUAGAUUCAAUUAUGCCGGGAACUUAAACAAUGAUGCUACUUUAAGUCUUGCUUCACACUUGCGGAAACUACAAGAUCGAGCGCAAUACAAGGUUUUGAGUCGGAACUUGAAGGACGAAGUGGAUAAGGUGGUUCAGCGACUUCCAGCUUGUGCUAGAAAUCUCUAUUUCCACACGUACGUUUGUUUGUGGAACAAAGCCAAGCAGCAAUAUUUAUAUGCAGCUAGUACAUCAGAAAGUCAUGAUGGUGAUCGUCGUAAUAUAUUCACUUGGUAUCCAGGAGAUAUUCCUGUUGGAGCAUUUUGGAAUAUCAAUCAAAUGGGAGAUGCAUUUUAUUUGAAAAAUAGCGAACAUGCUGAUGAAUAUUUAUAUUCACCAUUAGCUGAUUUUUCAUUUAGCAAGGAUCAGCGUUAUCUUUUUACAUGGAUUCCUGGCAAUAAUACAGAUCCACAAAGUGCAUGGGGUAUUGAAUUGGAUGGAGACUUUUGUUAUAUUAAAACAAUAUUUCAUAAUGAAUAUUUGUAUGCUACUGAUGUGAGAUAUAAUCAGUUGAAUAGUUAUGUUUUCACAUGGAAACCGGGUUCGUUGGUUAGGAGUCCGGAAUUUCAAUGGCAAAUUCGGAAUUGUGGUCAGAUUGAUGCAAGAAUGGAUGGAUGAUGUGGAGAGAGGUGGAAGAUAGUAGUUUUUUUAAGAUUUUUAUAAUAACAAUAAUAUAAAGUAUUA